AGAAAGAAGCAAAAUGAAAGUAGCCCUGCUCCCGGGUAUUACCUUCUGUCUCCUCUUCAGCUUUUCAUCUUGCCACGCGACUGCAAACUCAGAGGACGAAUAUCCUGAUGUCGCGGUUGGCCCUCCUUUGGUCCCUCUGAAACCCGGUCUGUCCAUCUGCGCGAUGAAAGCCGAUGCCGGACCUUGCAAAGCCAUACACAGCCGGUAUCACUUCAACAUUCAGACACACCAGUGCGAACUCUUUGACUACGGUGGCUGCGAAGGCAACGAAAACAACUUCCUAACUCUAGAAGAAUGCCAAACGAUGUGUAUAGUCCCAGAUCUGCCCGGAAAGAAAAAGAGAGCAAGAUUUAAGAAAGAGAAACCCUCCUUCUGCCUUUUGGAGAACGAUCCUGGAAUCUGCCGAGGGAUGAUUUCCAGGUAUUUCUACAACAAGGACUCUCAGCAGUGUGAAAAAUUCAUGUAUGGUGGGUGCCUGGGAAACCAAAACAACUUUGAAUCUUUGCGAGAAUGCCAGGAUAUCUGCCAGAACAGCCCCAAUUCACUGCAGAUGGAGGAUGGGGAGAAGGCCCUUCCCGGCAUGGUGAAUAACAGCUCCCCGGCUGUGAAGCAGGGCUCAGCUCUGUUGCCUUCUUUUUGUUUGACCCCGAUGGAUAGAGGUUUCUGCAGAGCCAACGAGAAAAGGUUCUUCUAUAAUCACACGACUGGGAAAUGCCAUCCAUUCAGCUACAGCGGUUGUGGCGGGAACGUCAAUAACUUCACCUCCAGAAAGUCGUGCCUUCGGAUGUGCAAGAAAGGGUUCAUUAAAAGAGAGAGGGGCCAGCGAGGUAUCAUGAAAGUCCGUCCGAAACGAAAGAAGCAGCCGGCGAAGCUGACGGACGAGGAGAUUGUCACUGAAAGGACAUAAGUCAUCUGUCUUCUCUUGGAAUGGAGAUAAUAAAAACGUUCUAGACGUGUCCCCUUGGGAACUGUUGAGUAUCAUUUGUUUUGCAAUUUGCAUCCACAUUACGUUCCCCUUGUAAGCGACUUUCCGGGGCGAGCUGACAUUUUAGUGCUAAUGCUGCAAUGCCGAUAACCUUUAUUUGGUUGGUUUUUGCUAUCGAGUCACAGCUGACUUACAGCGAUCCGUUCUAAGGUUUUCAAGGCACGAGAAGUUCAGAGGUGCUUUGACAUCGCCUACCUUUCCAUUGUGAUCCUGGAGUUCCUUGGUGGUUUCCCAUCCAAGUCCUAACCAGGGCUGAUCUUGCUUAGCUUCUGAGAUCUGAUGAGAUCUCAUUAGCCUGGGCUAUAUAAGUCAGGGCUUAUCCUAAGUUAGUGGCAUGGAAAGUUCGUGGCAGGGUCUUAUUUCCACAUGAAGAUUAUCUGCCUUUCAGGGUAUAUCAAUCUACGGACCUGAAUUCUGGUGUCCGCUGAGAGACAGCCAGUUUGGUGUAGUGGUUAAGUCCGCAGACUCUAAUCUGGGAGAA